AUGGCGAGGGAGAAAGAGAUAGAAAAACUAAAGGUUAAUUACGACACUUACAGCAAGCCCGAUAUUCGAGAAGAGGCGGAAUGUUGCGAGAAAAUAUUCGAAUACGUGAAGAUCGAUUCGUAUCAAACACACUUAAUCAGAUCUUUCGAGGCUUUGAUCAGCAAUUCCAUGACACAAUUCACAUUUUAUUCUUCUAUUUUACGUGAGACAAGAUUUUGUGAGUCACUAAGUAAAGAGAAGAAACAAAAUCGUAAAGAAAAUAUAAAAGAAACAUAA